AAGUACAAGGGCAAGAGUCCAAAUUUAGCGUCACUACAAGAAUGGGGGCCUCAAAGAAGCGCAAGGCUGUCACUCGGGAUGUGGAGGAGGAAGCUGGAGUUUUUUCUGGCGAUGAAUUGAAUGCAAACGACCUCGACGGUGCACUUUCCGACAACGCCAACGACCUAUCGGAUAGUGAGGACGAUGGUAGCGAUUCGGAAAUCGAUUUGGUCGACGAGUUCAGUGAUGAGGAUGAGGAUGAUGAAGAAUUGGAUAGUGAUGAGGUCCCAUCUGAUGAUGAAGAUUUGGUGAAGAAGACCAAGACAACUGCUACCAAAGCCGUCGUUCUUGAUAGAACCUCGGAGGACCAAGACGAGAACUCUUCUGACGACGAAAUGCCCAAUUUCCGCAUCGAAAAAGACGCCAACGGGAAUGAUCGAUAUGUCUAUGAUGAGAUCAACCCUGAUGAUAACUCCGACUAUUCGGAGGUGGAUGAAAAUGCCAACACCAUUGGCGAUAUUCCCUUAUCCUUCUACGACCAAUAUCCUCACAUCGGUUACAGCAUCAACGGAAAGAAGAUUAUGCGGCCUGCAAAAGGGGAAGCCCUGGAUGCUUUGCUUGAUAGCAUCGAGAUUCCUAAGGGGUGGACUGGACUCACUGAUCCUUCGACCGGCAAGCCCUUGGAGUUAAGCCAGGACGAGUUGGAGUUGCUGAAGAAGAUUCAGCUCAACGAAAUUCCACAAGAGGGCUACAAUCCAUAUGAGCCUACUGUCGAAUGGUUCACGAGCAAACAGGAAGUCAUGCCUUUGAGUGCCGCUCCCGAACCCAAGCGCCGCUUCGUGCCCUCCAAACAUGAGGCCAAGCGGGUUAUGAAGAUUGUCAAGGCUAUCAGAGAAGGCCGGAUUCUCCCAUACAAGCCUCCUACAGAAGACCAAGAAGCCGACCAGUACGUUGCUAAGUAUGAUCUGUGGGCAGAUGAGGCAGAGCGACCAGAUCACCCCAUGCAUGUCCCGGCUCCUAAAUUACCGCCUCCCGGAUACGAAGAGAGUUACCACCCGCCUCCAGAGUAUCUCCCCGAUAAGAAAGAACGGAAGGAAUGGGAAGAGACUGAUCCUGAGGAUCGGGAGAAAGAUUUUCUCGCGAACGACUUCGGUUCCCUGCGCAAGGUUCCCGGCUAUGAGACCUUUGUCAAGGAGAAAUUUGAGCGUUGCCUGGAUCUUUACUUGGCUCCUCGUGUGCGCCGGAGCAAGUUGAAUAUUGACCCAGAAAGCCUGCUUCCCAAGCUUCCUAGUCCUGAGGAACUCAAGCCGUUCCCAACCACCUGCGCAACGGUUUUCCGAGGACACAAGGGCCGUGUGCGAUCUCUGUCGGUUGACCCCUCAGGAGUUUGGCUCGCUACAGGAGGAGAUGAUGGGACGGUUCGUGUUUGGGAACUCCUUACCGGUCGUCAGCUCUGGAGCGUCAAGGUCAGCGAUGAAGAAGCUGUUAACGUGGUUCGUUGGCGGCCUGGGAAGGAAGCUGUCGUGCUAGCGGCAGCGUCAGGCGAUGACAUUUUCCUCGCUGUUCCACCGAUUGUUGACCCUGAAACUGAAAAGGCUAGCCUUGAGCUGCUCGAUGCCGGCUGGGGUUAUGCCGCGCCCAACCCGGCCCUGAGCGCUGCAGAUGCGAACAAGACGACUACUCCUCCACAGUGGAUUCGUCCCUCUUCGACACUUACUGAGGCCGGUGUAUGUGCCGUUAUCCCUCUCAAAUAUGUUGUCAAGUCCAUCUCGUGGCAUCGCCGCGGUGACUAUUUCGUGACUGUAUGCCCUGGAUCGUCUACACCUGCUUCCGUGGCUAUCUCCAUUCACACAGUUUCCAAACAUUUGACACAAUUUCCGUUCCGCCGACGAAUCAAGGGUGGUGGUCCUCCACAGACCGCACACUUCCACCCUUCGAAGCCUAUCCUCUUCGUUGCCAACCAACGCACCAUCCGUGCGUAUGAUCUCUCUCGCCAACUCCUCGUCAAGAUUCUCCAACCCGGUGCACGCUGGAUCUCCUCGUUUGAUAUCCACCCCACCUCAUCCACCGCCUCUGGCGGCGACAACGUCAUCAUUGGUUCCUAUGACCGCCGUCUUCUGUGGCAUGACGUCGACCUCUCCGCACGCCCUUACAAGACGCUGCGCUAUCACAAGAAAGCAAUCCGUGCUGUCAAAUUCCACCCUGGCGGACGCUAUCCCCUGUUUGCCGACGCCAGUGAUGAUGGCUCCCUGCAGAUCUUCCACGGGAGUGUCACUGGAGACAUGCUUAGCAAUGCUAGCAUUGUGCCCCUCAAGGUCCUUAAAGGCCACAAGAUCACCGGCGAGCUCGGUGUGCUUGACUUGGACUGGCAUCCCAGGGAAGCAUGGUGUGUCAGUGCUGGUGCUGAUGGAACAUGUCGUUUGUGGAUGUAAAUUGAUUUUCAUACUUUUUCUCUACUGUGUUGUCUCGAUGACCUUAUGUCAUUGUCUUUGGUUUGCAUUGAUCUAAAAUACAGGCGUUUUACAUGUGCAUAUAAUAUAAUCUGACUAGUUCUACGUAAGAAAAAAAAAAUUCAAUAUGGAGUAUUCAAG